AUGGAAGAAGAAGACGACGAGAUUAUGGAUUAUCAUUCUAUGAAAAGAAAGCAACUUCAAGCGCUGUGCAAGCGCCAUGGUGUACCGGCCAAUUUGUCGAAUUCUGAGAUGGCAGAUCUGUUGUGUUUGAUUUUCAAGGAAAAGCAGAAAGUUGUUUCACGAGGCAAGUCUUCGCUGAAAAAUUCUGCGAAGAAAGUUAAUGGAAAAGAUUCUAAGGUUGUGAAGAAAGUGAGAUUUAGUCCUAAAAAUCAAACGAUGUUUUUUGAGGUUUCAGGGUAUAAACGGGCUGGUAGAAGAAGGGUUUCAAUGAAGUCCUUGACAAAAAAUCAGAAUCAAGCUAUUGAAAGUGAAGUUUCGUCACCUCCUCCUGUUGGGAGAAAGAGAGCGAGAAGAGAUCUGAAGAAACCAACUGCGGAGCUGAGCGUGAAGAGUGCGGCUGACACUGAUGGUAAUGGCGUUAGAGGUGUAAUUGUCGGGGAAGAUGCCAAGCUUAAAAAAUUGAAUACGGGUGGGAGGAUCACCAGGUCUCGGGCUCAGUUUGUUGGUGAAGUGUCUGAGAGUGGAGAGGUUCAUCAACUCGAAGAACCUUGUAAUGUUGUGGGUAGAGAUGCUCUUACUGGAAAAUCUGCUGUAACCCGGAAAGGGAGAGUAGGAAAAGAAAGCCUUUCCGUGGAUGGUGCAGAAUCUGACAGGGUUUUGCAGCAUAAGAAGCAAAUUGUAACGAAGGAUGAAGGCUCUGAAAUGUUGCCUGAGAAUUCAGGAAUCCAACGUUUUAGUAGGAGAACAAGGUCUCAAACAAAACAUGAAGUGGCUGUUUCUAAUGCUGAAAGUGAAACUGAGGAAGUGACCGUUCAGCUUGAAGAACCUGUGAGGAGUCUUGGCCGAUAUGCUUCUAGAAGGAAAUCUGUUGUGGUCCAGACGGCUAAGGUAGGGAGUGAAGGACCUGGGGUGAAAAAAGAGACUAGUAAAAGAUUAAGAAGUAUUGAUUUGGAAGACUCUUCUGAGCUUGAAGUAAUUAUAGAACCUAGUCAAGAACUUGAGAAGGUUGAGAAUGUUGUUAUUCCCAGUGGCCCUUCGAGGAGAACCAGGCGGAACAAGUCAACUGUUCCAAGUAGUGGAGAGUUGGAAACCCGUCAAACUGUCGGACAGAAAGAUACUCGUUUGACGAUAAAGCUUCCAAGGAGGUCUAGUAGGAAUGUUGCAGAGGUUGCUGAACCAGAUGAAGUUUUGCAGCAAAAAGAACAAGAUAUUACAAAGGAUGAAGACCCUGAAAUAUUGAGUGGGAAGACAAGAAAAUUUAAAAAUAUCAGUAGGAUCAAAAGGUCUCAGACAGAAACUGCAGGGAAAGCUUCUGCAUUGGAAAGUGAAAUUGAGGAAGAGAAUGUGCAGCAUGAAGAACCCUCCAAGGGUCUUGGUAGAUAUGCUUCUAGACGGAAAUCUAUUUUGCACCAGAAGAGAAUGGCGGAAAAUAACGAAUUUCAGGAGAAAAAGGAGACUAGGAAACGAUCAAGCAAUACUGAUUUGGAAAGAGCUUCGGAAGCAGUUGUAGAACUUACUAAAGAAAUUGAGAUGGUUAGAAAUGUUUCCGAUUUCAAUGGGCCUUCAAGGAGAACCAGGCGAAACACUGUAAUGUUCAAAUCUAGUGCUUCAAUUGAUAGAGAGUUGGAAACUCAUCAAAUUGUUGGACAGGAAGAUGCUUUGAUAAAAGAUCAUACAAGGAGGUCUACUCGAAAUGCUUCUAGGAACCAAUCAACUGUAAUCUCUUCUGAAGUGGGCGGAAUUUCUCAUGACGUCGGAAAGGUUAGGCAGCUGAAACGAAGGCGAGAGCCAGCUCUGGAUGAAGAUAUUUCUGUGACCAAGUCCAAAAGUUUUGAAGAAAAACCCCAAAGACGAUCUGCACGAAAUGCCUCCAAAAAUGACUUCGUGGAACCUGAGAGACCAACAGGUAAAGUUGCUGGAAAGAAGCAUCAGAACAGGUCUAGAAAGACAAUGGUGGUGCAAGAGGUUCCAUCUUCUGAUAAGGUUUUGUCUCCAGAAGAUCCAAUAAUUGAAGAUGUCAGACUGGUUGGGGCAGAAUCCGCAAGGAACAAAGACAAUCUCGACGCAAGCAGUAGCAAACAAGUACUUAAAAGUUCUAGCAAGAAGAGGAACGCAUCCCAGAUAAAAGUUAAAGCAAAUAAGAAACUUGGUUCUGUUCAGGUUUCCACAGUAAAUUCUGACCCAGAGAAGGCUGUAGAUACUGCUGUUAAUUCAGAGGAAACUCUGGACUCAGCACUAGUAAAGCAGCCAGCUGUUUCUACAGACCAUGUUACACUGAAUUCCGCGAGCUCAUCUACAGUUGUUCUUGAGAAGCAGCGCAGUUUGGUGGGAGAUGACAAAAUUGAACGUCUCCUUGAUGAAACUGUUGAUAAGCAUGAAAUAAAAAUUGACUUUGGCAAUGUGAUUUCUUCUGAAAUUACAUCUCCAGCUGCUGGUCUCUUACCUGUGAAGCAAUCAAAUGAUUUGGCAAAACCUUUGAACACCACAGACUUGGAUAAAGUACUUGAAGCGGAAGAACCGUCAUUUGGAAAAACCAUAAACCAUGGAAGUAAUAAUGUGGAUGACCAUAAAAACGAAGAUGACAGAGCUUCAGUUCAAGAAUGUCAGAGCUUACAAUUAGAAGACGGGGAAGAGACUAGUGCUGCACCAGUCAUUCAGGAGGCAGUUUUUGAGGACCAUCUGGAUGAAGUCAGUAGAAGCAGCUCAGAGAAAAAGUCUGAACUUCCCCAGGAAGCCGAAGAAAUAAAUGUAAUUGAUCCUUUCAAUGCAGGAGGAAACUCUCAGUCAGAAAAUUUUCUCCAGGCUAUCGAAAUCCAAGAACUUCCAGCAGAAUCCCAUCUUGUUAUCAUUGAAACUGCAACCGAAUGUACUACAGAAAUCCAAUUGACCUCACCUGUUGCUAAUGCUUCUGAGGCGACUUCUUGUAAACCUGCAUUAGAGAAUGAAGUUUUUGUCAAAGUGAAUAAUCGCCCUGCUGAUGCUCUUAUUGCGAGCAAUGAUGCCAUGGAAGAAGUGAAUAAGGCCGAGACUCAAUCUGUUUCUCUAUUGACAGUGCUAGAAAUAAGCAAUGAAAAUGGUAUUCGAAAAGAAGAACUAUCUGGCAAGGGAAUAGAAUUUUCUGAUGAGAUCAUAUGCAGAGGUGAAACAUCUAUAGGUAAUGCAAUUUGUGGUCUAGCAAAGACUGAAGAUGGUGUGACAAUUAACAAGAAUGAGCCAGACGAAGCAGUUCCUUAUGAAAGAGCAUCACAAGUUGGUGAAAAGAGUAUUGAUGAUGGCUGUGAAGAAAACUUGUUGGUGGGUGGCAGUUCCAUUUUCAAGACACCUAAUAAAGAUGAAACAAAUUUAGAACAUGAGGUCGCAGCGGCAUACUCUCUAGAUUCUGUGGAGAAAGAAAAGGAAGACUCAGGGAAUAACUCUGAUAAUGUUUCUGUGGAGACUAGACAGAGAUGCAUGCACAAACUUUCUGAUGCAAAAGAUGUCAAUCUGACCAUCACAGAAGAGAGGGUUACUGACGUACUGAAAAAGACUUCAGCUGCUAAUCUUAAUUUGCAAUCUCCUGCUACUGCUGGCAAAGUCAGCUUCCCUGAGCUCUCCCUACUAAAAAGUCAUGACGAACAUGGGAAAGUUUCUAGUAGUGGUUCUAAAAGUUCAUCUUGCAAGGGUAAGCAGCCGAUGCUCGAUGACAUGCCGAAACAAUUGGAGGAAAAGAUUAAUGAGGAUGCUAGGAAUGUUUUUGAGACAAAAGUACAAUCAGAGUAUUUGCCUCAAUUUGCUAUAGAGGAGUUGCCCGAGGAGGGUGAUAUGAAAGAUGCCCACAGCACAUAUGGCAAAGUUCAUGACUUUGUUAAGAGCGCAGAACUACAAGUUAGUGCUGACGGUAGUUCUGGUAAAUCAUUUCCGUUGGACAAAUCUGAUGCUGCAAGUGGUUCAGAACUUGAUGGUCAUGUAGAAUUGGCUGGGGAGAGAAACUGCACUGUUGGUAUUGUUGUUGAGCAGACUGCUGACGUUGUCAAGGAGGAAAAGGCAGAGUCUGAGUUAAAAGUGGAGCUUGUUGACAGAAGUGAUCAAGAGAAUGUAGCUUCACAGGUGAAUGAAACUGCUAGUACAAGUUUGACGGAGAUCAUAUCUAAAGAACGUGAAGUUCCUGUUGAGAAAGCAGCUGAAAUAACUGUAAAGCCUACUGAGUGCAGUGGAGCAGUUGACGAUAUGAAGGUGGAAGAAUUCAAAGCUGAAGAUACAAAUUCUAAUGCUGAGGUCAAUGAUGUUGGUGCUUUAGCACAAGUUGUCAGUAAUCACCUGGUUGAAGAGGAAGCUACUGAAAGUCAUGAAGGUUCUAUUGAAAUGAUUGAAACUGCAGCCGAGGCAACAACACAGGCAUUGGCCACGAAAACAAUGGACUUCUCAGACGCAGACAAUGGUUUAAUGAAUAAGGUCACAUCUGCCAAUUAUAAAGAUGUAGAGACAAGGUCGAAUGAAAAUGUGAGCGCAGUGCCUCACAUUGAUAAAACAAAGUUUGAUGAUCUUGAUAAUUACAAAGAAGAAAAUGUCUUGGAGCUGGAAAGAAGUGAAUCCUUAUCUUCAGAUGAACUUAUUUCCCUGGAUGACAGAGCUGCAGAUAAGGAAGCAAACGUAGGAGACAGAGAUGGGAAUUUAAAUUUCAGGGAUAAUGAUAUUGAUGCUCAGCAGGAGGACAACGUUGAUACCAUUCUACAAGUUACUAAAAGCAAUAUGGAUGAUUGCUUGCUACGAGUGGGACUUUAUAAUGCCAGUGCAAACAUUGGAGUUGCAGCAGAUGAUGCUGGUGAAGCGUCCAUGAACGAAAAGGCAUGUUCUCAGAAUACUGAGGAUGGCAAUGAGUGGGUUGGGACGCCAAAUUUUUCACAGACCAUCAAAAGCGGAACAAAAUUGGUUGAGAAAAACUCAGCACAAGGCAAACUUGAAAUGGGUUCAUGUAGUGCUACUGGUCCACAUUUGAGUGUUUUACCAUUUCCUGGAAUUGAUGCCACGGACAUGGAUUCGCACUUUGAGAUAGAUGAUCAAGUAAAACAGAAAACGAGGAACGAGGAAGACAAAGAAGGCUCAAAUGACUCUGUAGAAGGUAAUGAGCAACUCGAUGACCACAAGUGUGAAUUACUAGAGACUGCUUCCAUUGAUGAAAAUGAUAGCUCGACUUCAAAGGAGCCUUCAUGCAGUAACAGAGAAAAAAGCAUUGCCAAAGUGGGUGAGGAAGGAGUUUCCUCUGAGAAGCUCUUUGGCAUGGUUGCCACUGCUGACACUAAAAAGUUGUAUCCUAUUUCUUCAUCAACACCUAGAAUGGCUGCUGAUUGCUCUGCUUUUUCGCCAAUAAUUGUUCAUUCCAACUAUGGAAUAACCGAAAACAAAUCCUCCGGAUUCCACAUUGACUCUCCCCGGCUCACCAGUUGGGAAAUGAACAGGAUUUUAGGGAGUAGGGAUCAAGUUGAUGUUGAAGAAGAAGCUUUAAGGAUCUCGGGAGCCAUGGAGAUGAUAGAAAAUUUAGUGACUGACGAACAAGGUGAAAAGGAGCUCCAUGCUCACCCAGCUGUUUUAGAUGAACCCAUCUCUGAUAAUGAAGAAUCUAAAGAGCAAAAUGGACUCCCUGCAAGCAACCAAGAAUAUGUUGAUUGUGAGUUUGAGAAGGAUAAAUUUUAUGUUUCUGCAGAAAAGGUUGUGUUGGUAGAAGCUGCUGCAACCGGUGACAGCGUCAUUGCUGAUUUGGAUAAAAGCAUGGCAGAAUACGCUUCUGUUGAAUCUAAAGAAGCAGAUAACAUUGUUGUUGAUCCUGGUGUUUUUAAUUGCAGCAGAUCAAGAGAAGUUGCAAUGGACAUUGUUCACAGAAAAGCCUCAAAAACAAUAGAUAUGCUAGAGGAGGUUGAACAUCUAGGAAUCUUGCAACCGGUUGAAGAUUGUGAAAAUACUAACGAAACAUCAGAUGAAGUCGCUGAGACAAUCCCUCAGCAUAUGCUCUCCAGUGGCAAAGCAACUUCCGAACGUGAGGUACACGGUGAAGAAUACUGCAAUGGUGCAGAAAGACCAGAAAUAUUUAAUGAAGACAGAGACAAGAGUUGCAGAGACGUCAGGGAAGAUAAUGAAGCUGCAACAGGGACAUGUGAUACAACAGACGGUUUUAGUGUAGAGAAUAAUGCCAGAGAUUCUCAGGAAGGUGUUAAGGACCAAUUUGACGAGAAUGAACGUGCUGCUGCAAAUGAAGCCAAUUCCAAAGAUGGUGUUUUUUGUUUGGCGUUAAACCAACCUUUAUGUGAUGAUGACAAGAAUAAGGUUCAUGCAGUAGAGACCGGUGAAGAUGGGUUAUGUCGUCAACAUGAUGAGGUUGUCACAGCUGCUGACUCGAAGGAAUUAGUGAAUUUGCAAAAUAUGAACGUUGCCUAUACGAUAAUACCUGAAAUUGAUGUUGACUGUUCAGGUGUCUCCCCACUUGCUGUUUCUUCUAAAUAUGAAGAAUCACAUGUAUUCACCAGACGUGAAAUGAACUUGUUUUCGGGACCUGGAGAGCACGAUGAAACUGAAAAUUCAGAUGCACGGGCCUCAAUAAGUGAGGAUGCCAGGGAAAUAAAAGAAAAUAAAGUGAUUAUUGAACAAGUAGCACCUCCACAAGUUACUGAAGAGCACCUUCAUGAGCAUGAAAUGGCAGAGGAAGAUUUAAAAGAGCCAACCUGUGAAAUCGGCAAAGUUUUGACAGAACAAGAAGAUGAGCAAAUCAUCCAUGGCACUCCAAAUUCAUCUCCUGCAAGAGAAACUGCUCCUGGAAAUGUAUGGAGAAGGGAACUAAACUUACUAUCUCCGGGAAACAAAUGUCCAGAUACAAAAAGGGGCAGCAAGACCUUUUUUGCGAAGAAACUAAAUUCUUCAAUGAGGAAACAGAACAGUAAAAGUGCUUUGAUUCAGAAGACGCCGAAGCUCCACCUACAUGACAUGAAAGAAAAUGCAUUAAGCGCCAUGAGAGGGAAAACAGGUAAUAUCACUACACAAAAAGCCUUGUCAAAGAGGAGAGCUCUGGGGGAUCUCCAAAAGAAAUAGAUCUUGCCAGUUAAUUGGAUUCCUUUUUGAAGAAUUCACCUCGUUUCUGGCAAUGCAUAGCUUUUUCUUGAAUAGAGAUCAGAAGUUGAUAUCUUGUCAGCGAAGAAAUAUUAUCAUUUUGUGUAUUGAUUGGUAGGAAAACUGUCUGAUUAAGAACUUUACAGCAAUUUGAUCAUGUUUAUUUUUAU